CAAAAAAUCACUGUAAAUUUAACAUUUGUCUGUGUGAAUAGUUUUCUUAACAUAAAUUUUAUGCAUGUGUUUACUUUUGGGACGCAUGAAAUAUUCAAGAAAAGGACAACAAAAUAUCCUUCGUUCUCUCUCUCAAGAGUCAAGACAUCCAAACUCUGUACAGUUAGUUUAUAUUUUAUAAGGACCAUUCCCUUCUGAGCUAGCUAGUCCAUAUAUGAUAUAACUAGUUAAAGCCUUACAUCCCUUGGAGAGAUAUUUCCAUACUCCACUCUUUUUUCAGCUUUAACCAAAAAACCAUGCUAAUCCUUCCAAUUAGUAUAUUGGCUGUUCCGCUAUUCAUCUUCAUCAAGUUCAUAUAUUCCACCCUUUGGAUCCCAUACAAAAUCCAACGCCACCUUUAUAAGCAAGGAAUCAAGGGCCCCGGCUACCGUCCGAUAUAUGGCAACUCACCGGAGUUCAAGCAAGAAUUCGACCGGACUUACUUUAAACCGAUGGGGGAAUUCAGUCACGACAUAGUCCAUCGUGCGGAUCCAUGUUACCACAAGUGGACUGCGUUGUACGGUAAAACCAUGCUGUUUUGGCACGGGUCAACUCCUAGGCUGGCUUUAUCCGACCCCGAAAUGCUAAAGGAAGUUUAUCUGAACAAAUCGGGUCGCGUAGUCAAAGUCAAACUUCCGCCGCUGGCUGAGCAGCUCUUUGGAAAGGGACUCAUCGAUUUGCAUGGUGAGAAAUGGUCCGUUCAUCGGAAAGUUGCCAAUCCGGCUUUCGUCAUGGACCGAGUGAAGUCAUGGAUUCCAGAAGUUGUGGAUAGUGUUCAAAAGGUUCUGAAAAAAUGGGAAGAUGGAUUAAGAGGCGUAAAUGAGGUAGAAGUGGACGUUCUAAAAGAGUUCCAUUUCCUGUCGGCAGAAAUAUUGUCGAAAACAGCAUUUGGCAGUAACUUUGAAGAAGGGAAGCACAUUUUUGAGUUACAAGACCAACAAGCUGAAUUGACUUUACAGGCUCUGAGAAGUGUCUACAUCCCUGGUGCCAGGUUUUUACCAACGCGCGACAACAGAAAGAGGUGGAAUGUCGAGAAGGAAACUCGAAGAUUGAUAAGAACCUUGAUUGAUAGGGACCAAAACGGCGGUGGAAAUACGAAAUGCCUUCUUAGCUUCUUAUUGCGCGGAGGAUUGCCGGUGGAAGAAGUCAUCGAUGAAUGCCAAACAUUCUACUUUGCUGGAAAAGAAGCAGUUGCGAUAUUCUUGAGUUGGACACUUAUGCUUUUAGCAUUGUACCCAGAAUGGCAAAGCAAAGCUCGAGAAGAAAUUCUUCAAGUUUGCAAGAAAGACGAGCUUCCAAAUGCGGACACCAUGAAUGACUUGAAAAUUGUGAGUUUGAUACUCAAUGAAUCGCUUCGGCUCUACAAUCCUAUUCCAGCUUUGUUUAGGCAGGCAUCGAAGGAUAUGAAGGUCGGAAACCUUGAUGUUCCUGCUGGUACACAGUUCUAUUUGCCAGCAUCCGCAGUUCACCAUGAUACUGAAAUAUGGGGACCCGACGCAAAUGAGUUCAACCCACAAAGAUUUUCCGAGCCUCGGAAGCAUUUGGCAUCAUAUUUCCCGUUUGGUUUAGGCUCCAGAAUAUGCAUUGGCCAGAAUUUUGCCAUAAUGGAGGGAAAAAUUAUCCUGGCUAUGAUCCUCCAAAAGUUUACUUUCCGGCUAUCCCCAUCCUAUGUUCAUUGUCCGGUGACUUUUCUGACUGUCACGCCUCAAUUUGGCGCUCAAAUCCUUUUCAAGAGGAUUUGAUCAAUUAAGCUGACUGAUGUUUAUUACUUUAUUUUGUAUGAAUAUUAUAAAUUUAGUAUUUAUUGCGUCUUUUCUCUUGUUUUUUUCGGUGCAAUUUUCCAUUUUCCGUUCAAAGGUUUGAUUAGUAAGAAUACCAAAUUAAAAAGGGACACAAGAAUUAUCACC